AUGGUAACAAUGAUGAAAUGGUUAAAAGUUGAACCAUCAGCAAGUAAUAAACAAGCAUUACAAACUGCAGGACAUACGUCGACGGUGAUUGUCACAACCGAUGCUUCUGGCACCACCUCGCUCAUUGUUAUUGGUGGUAUGCGGUACAAAGAGAUGUGUCAAGAUGUCCACAUGUUGACAGUUGCCAACAACAACAAGCAACGUCAACUCAGUCAUUCUGCAUCAUCCAUAAACAAUACUAUCAUCUCUCAUCAUCAUCCAACUGUUGUUCAUCCAACAACUAAUAUAAAUAGUAUUCAACAACCAACGACUAUGCAACAACAACAAGUACCAUUAUCACCAAUUAAUAUUCGAAAAUCGAUAGAAUCAUCUCCACCAACUUCAUCGAUCUCAUUGUCAUCGCAAUCACCUCCAUUUUACAUUGACGAAGAUUCAAACAACUAUGUCAAGUUUAAACACAUGGAAGAAGACCAUCUCAAACUGCGAGAGGAUGUAUCUCAUUUGAGAAACUACCAUAAUCUUCUCAACAAUGGUAGUGGUAACAUUAAACCCUAUCUCGACAAUAUCUCGAGCUAUGCUGAAUUGGCAUCCAUAAAGAAUGACUUUAUGGACAAGAUUUCUCAACUUUUGGAUCAUGUUAGAUAUAUUGAUAGUCGUCAACAUUUAAUUGUUCAACAAUUAUCAAUAAAUCAAAAUCAAAAUCAAAAUCAAAAUAAUCAAAAUAAUCAAAAUAAUCCAACUUCACCAAACCUUUAUCCUACUAAUUCAAGAUAUAAUAAUAAUAAUAAUAAUAAUAAUAGUAAUAUUAAUCAACAACAACAACAAAAUAAUUAUAAAAAUCAAAAUAAUCAAAAUAAUCAAAAUUAUAAAUAUAAUGGAAAUAUUAAUGGAAAUGGAAUUAAUAUUAAUCAAAAUAAUGUAAUGACCAAUAUGAAUGGAAAUAAUGGUAAUAUUACAAUGAAUAAUAGUGGUGGUAAGAUUCCAAUUAGAAGAGUCAAUUCUAGUGAUUCUGUAAUGGAUCAACAACAACAACAACCAUAUAUCGAUGUAAAUUAUAAUAACAAAGGAAUAUAUAAUACAAGAAAUAUAAAUAAUAAUAAUAAUAAUAUAAAUAAUAAUAAUAAUAUAAAUUUAAACAAUAUGAAUAAUAAUAUGAAUAGUAAUAUAAAUAAUAUGAAUAUGAUCAACAUGAAUAUUAACCCUCAACAACAACAACUACAACAACCUCAACAACAACCACCUCCACAACAAACAAUGAAACUUCACAACACCAACUCUACAUUUAUUCCAUCAAAUAGUAAUUUAUUAAAUAACCAACAAUCCAACCUUGUCAAUAAUAAUAUUAGUUUAAAUCAUACUUUUACAUAUUCUCCAUUUUAA